UUCUUCUGCUCUGUUAGGAUAAACCUCCCAACUAUAGAAUUAUUAUUUGUUCCCAGAUUUUCCUUUUCUUGGAGGCCACUUCUUCUCUCCUUCCUUACUCUUUCAUCCGUUUCUGAAAAACGUUUCAAGAUCUUUGGGCAUGGCUAAGAGCUCUUUCAAGUUGGAACAUCCUCUGGAAAGGAGGCAAGCAGAAGCUUCACGCAUCAGGGAGAAGUAUCCUGAUAGAAUUCCUGUGAUUGUGGAAAGGGCUGAGAAAACAGAUAUUCCUGAUAUCGACAAAAAAAAAUACCUUGUUCCCGCUGAUCUCACUGUCGGUCAGUUUGUCUACGUGGUCCGGAAGAGGAUCAAGCUCAGUCCUGAGAAGGCAAUCUUCAUAUUUGUGAAGAACGUUUUACCACCCACAGCUGCUAUGAUGUCUGCAAUUUAUGAGGAAAACAAAGACGAAGAUGGUUUCCUUUACAUGACCUACAGUGGGGAGAACACGUUUGGUUGCUUUUAAGAUGCUUAUCCAAGAACCUGUACAAUGGUGGAUCGUUUGUAAAUAUUCGCUGAUGUUAAUGUCCUAAUGCUUUGUCCCAACCAAAGAUAAAAUGUUGGGAUGGAAACUUUUAUUAUUAAAUCUUAGUAUUUUACUGACAUUAUGGUGGCUUAGUAAUUGCAGUCUGUGUUCAUAUGAAUGUGGAUGCAUGUUUGUUAGUUUUCUGUUUUUUCUCGUUUCUCUGUUGGUGUGUAAUAAUAUACAAAAGGCAUUCGUCUUU